AAGUUGUUUUUUUACUAAUAAUACGUCUACUACACAUCUCCUAUCAACCGGUUGUUAUUGUCAUAAAUUAUCAGCAAACUUUUUUCUUCGUUUAUUGCUCUUCCCUGUUUUUUGUUUCAAUAUUUGUUUUAAAAAGCACCCCGUGUAUCUAAAAAAAGUAACACCAGAAAAGCAUGCCCAUCCAAAGAAACUACAGAAGAACCACAAGAAAUUUUGACAAUUUCAUGACGGAAAAAGAGCGAAGCUAUGUCUCUUCCAUUUUCCAGAAGAAUAUUCUCCGCACAAACAAAAUUUACAAUUAUAGCAUUUUCUACGACGAGAAACCGGAGCAUGAGGAGACUCAUUCGGAUAAAGUCAAGGAGUAUCACAUUGCAGUGAACAAUGAGAACAACAAAGAGCUCAUUAACGAACUGAAGGGUCUUAGGCUUGACAGAAUGGGACAACCUGGCACCAAGACAAGCGCGGAAAAGAGCGAUGCGAAGACAGGAGACGGUAAAUCAGCCGAGAGCCUGUUUAAGCCCACUAGGCAUGGUAAAGUGCACAAAAUCAGCUUCAUAAAAUCGAUCAAAUUGCCUCGGCUGAUGAUAGAUGUUGAUAUCCCCGUUUACGAUGAUCUAGCAAUCAAGCUGAAGAUUGAGGAGAUGAUCGACGCUUUUAUGUGCCAGAAGUACCGAAUCAAAGAAAGUAACUUGGACGAUCAGUUGGAGCGAAACUCCGAGAGAAUGUGUGAUUUCUUUAAAGUAGCAAAAUUUCAAAAACUUGUCAAAGAGAUCUUCGAGGGCGAAAGUGAGAACAGCAAAAGGAUACUGCUGCUUGGAAUGUUGAGAAACUCGCAGUUCAUAAAGGCAAACGAGAGUGUGUCUGCAUUGCUGGAUUAUUUGGUGGCUUACAUUCCAAAAUUGAGCGUGGAGGAAAUCACGAACACUACCUUUUUUGACAAUUUCAUGUUUGGACUGAGCGGAGUUCUCCUGGCCACUCUUCUUCUUAUAAAUCAGGAAAUUCUAGCUCCACACUUCUAUCAGCACCUCCAAACCCGAAUGGAGUAUCUGAUCAGCAAUGAGCUGAAGUAUGUUUGGCGAUUCCUUGCGUUACUUGUCAUUAACCUUGAUGAUAACGCGAAGAAGUGGAUUGUAGUAAGGUUAAAAGAUAAAAUUGUUGAAGUGGCUGUAUCCAAUCAUAUGGAUGAUAUUAGCGACAUGAGCCUAUUCCUGGAUGCACUUGGACUGAGCUCCGAUGAUCUCUCUUGAUGUAACCAAUAAAUUCUGUUCAAGC